GGAGAAAUGGAUUAGCAGAUAGGCGUUCUCCACGGCUUCACUCCAGAAUGCACUUGAAAGUGGCAGAAUGGACUCUACUAACGGCGGGGAAGCAGGGGGAGUAGGGAGGAUCCAAGCCCGAUUGGCGAUGGUUUGGAUGGCUUAGUAGACCGCAGUGAAGGGGCACGAGUCCAGGACCCGGCACGCUCCAAGUUACUAUGCAGACGACCCAGCGGGGGUAGCAACCAUACCUCUAGCUUUGAGCUCGGAGGAGCGGAGCCUAAAGGACCGGAUAAGAGAGGGGGCGGGGAUUUGAGGGGCUAGAGACUAAGCGAGGGCGGGGCGCGGCCACAGCUCCGCCUCUCUAGACUUGACUCCUGGUUCCUGUAAACUCUGGGCCUGGGCCGAGGCUACUGGAAGCUUUGCUCCUCCGCUGUUUGGAUACCUUUCCCACCCCUAGCAGGUCCCGGACCCCGAGAGUGUGACAGAUGGCGGCACAAUGUGUGACAAAGGUGGAACUGAGCAUCUCCUGUAACAAUCUUUUGGAUAAAGAUAUAGGCUCAAAGUCAGACCCUUUAUGUGUAUUGUUAUUGAAUACCAAUGGACAACAGUGGUAUGAGGUUGACCGCACAGAAAGGAUUAAGAAUUGUUUGAAUCCCACAUUCACCAAAAAAUUUCACAUUGAUUAUUAUUUCGAAGUGGUUCAGAGGCUGAAGUUUGGGAUUUAUGACAUUGAUAAUAAAACUAUUGAUUUGAAUGAUGAUGAUUUCUUGGGAGAAUUUGAAGGGACUCUGGGACAAAUUGUUUCUAGUAAGACGGUAACUCGACCAUUGGUCCUCAAAAAUGGAAAACCUGCUGGGAAAGGGAGCAUCACGAUUUCAGCAGAAGAAGUAAAGGAUAACAGAGUGGUCUUAUUUGAAAUUGAAGCAAGAAAACUGGAUAACAAGGAUAUAUUUGGAAAAUCUGAUCCCUACCUGGAAUUUCACAAGCAGACAUCAGAUGGACAGUGGCUCAUGGUACACAGAACAGAGGUUAUUAAAAACAAUUUGAAUCCUGUUUGGAGGCCCUUUAAAAUUUCUCUGAACUCUUUGUGCUAUGGAGAUAUGGACAAAACCAUUAAGGUAGAGUGCUAUGAUUAUGAUAAUGAUGGGUCACAUGAUCUCAUUGGAACUUUUCAAACCACCAUGACAAAACUAAAAGGAGCCUCCCGAAAUUCUCCUGUUGAAUUUGAAUGCAUAAAUGAAAAGAAGAGGCUGAAGAAGAAAAGCUACAAAAAUUCUGGUAUUGUCAGUGUGAAACAUUGUGAGAUUACAGUGGAAUGCACUUUCCUUGACUACAUCAUGGGAGGAUGUCAGCUGAAUUUUACCGUGGGAGUAGAUUUCACUGGCUCAAAUGGGGAUCCUCGAUCUCCCGACUCUCUUCAUUACAUCAGCCCCAAUGGAGUUAAUGAAUAUUUGACUGCCAUCUGGUCUGUUGGGAUGGUCAUUCAAGAUUAUGAUGCUGAUAAGAUGUUUCCAGCCUUUGGAUUUGGGGCCCAGAUACCGCCUCAGUGGCAGGUAUCACAUGAGUUUCCCCUAAACUUUAACUCAGAAAGCCCCUUCUGUAAUGGAAUCCAAGGCAUCAUAGAUGCGUAUCGGACCUGCCUUCCUCAGAUUAGGCUUUAUGGGCCAACCAACUUUUCUCCAAUAAUAAAUCACGUGGCCAGGUUUGCUGCUGCAGCCACACAACAACAGACAGCAUCACAAUAUUUUGUGCUCCUGAUCAUCACUGAUGGUGUGAUCACAGACCUUGAUCAAACCAGGCAAGCCAUAGUGAAUGCUUCCAAACUGCCUAUGUCUAUCAUCAUCGUUGGUGUUGGAGGGGCAGACUUCAGUGCAAUGGAGUUCCUUGAUGGUGAUGGUGGAGCACUCAGGUCUCCAACCGGAGAGGUUGCUAUCAGAGACAUCGUUCAGUUUGUUCCUUUCAGACAGUUCCAGAAUUCUCCAAAGGAAGCCCUUGCUCAGUGUGUCUUGGCAGAAGUUCCCCAGCAAGUGGUGGGUUAUUUUAAUACGUAUAAACUCCUCCCUCCGAAGAAUCCUGCUACAAAGUAAUGGAAACAGCUCAGGCCAUCUCAGGAGAAUUCUUCUGUGCCAAGUGGAGUUGUGGGUGCAUUAUCUCUCCCCAAAAUGCAUUGACUAGUAUUGCUUCUUGUGGCCCUUUCUGGCCUCCCUACAUGUGAUGUGAUUCUUUUUCGACAUGGAGCCAUAUCUAUUUUAAUGCAUUUCUUUUGGAAUAUCAUUUUUGUACAUGCUUGUGAAUUUUUUUUUAAACAUGGAAAGUAAAUCUCUGUGAAGUGAAUUCAUUGACUGGUAAUUGGCAGGAAUUGAACUGAGACAUAUUUUAGGUGAGGAAGUGGUGGUAGGAUGACUUUUCCUUUGAAUUAAUUGUCUAUGAGUGUGUGAUAAGGCAUUUGUGAUUGAUGAUAAGAAGUCAUUUUGCUGGAACAAAUGCUACCAAUGAACUGCUAAGCUUUAUUGUUGUCCCUGUCAGUGUGUACAUCGUCAUCGCAAGCAAACUCCCACCCUUGACCAAGAUAAAGCCAUUUAGCUGACAUGAUUUUGGGGGCAUUUUAACUGGCCCUUCUUAGUCCAUCAUUGCCCAUAGAGUGUCAACUUUCUUCACUUGCCAUUAAUUGUGCUACGGUCUAUAAGUGAUAUUGUUUUGUAAAUUAAUGCUUUUUGCCUGGAGGGGAAAGCACAGACUUAAAUUCUUAUUAAACACAGACAAACAAUUCUCUCUUGCCCUUUUGGCUCUUUACAAAUGAUUGUUUCAUAGAAGAUGAUUCUGAAGAUGAUCAGGCUGAGUGUGGUCCUUGCUCUUAAACUGUUUCAGGAAAAUUGGAAGAUUCUUUAGAAAUUAAAGACUUAGCUUUUGUGGUGCUUGCAGAUCUUUCCAGCUGGUUAGGUGUUCAGCUCAUGUUCCCCUGGGUUGUGAGCCUCAUUGUUUGAGGUUGCUGAGAAUGCUGCAGAGAGUGGCUCCUGAGUGGACUAUGGGGCCUCGAUGAAUAGCUCCGUGCCCCCACUGUCCUGGAAGCCUUUGCUUUUUCCUGAAGCCCUCUUCUUUCUAUUUCUUGCAUACCACUUGUUAAUCAGUGCCAAGGGAUUAUUUUUUACCUCAUUAUGCAACCUUUUUUCAAAAGAUUUUUUUCCUUGAGGGGUAAUAGUGAUUUUCUACCGAUUAAUCCAUCAUAGUGUACUUUAAAAGUAUAUUAUUUCUUAGUCACAGGAUGUCUUAUAUUCAAGCAUAAAAUCUUUUGAAAUAAAAAAAAAAUUAGUUGCCAACUCCAUUUGUUUUUUUUUGUUGUUGUUGUUGUUUAAUGUUUUUAAUUUUUUAAUUUUUAAGCCUUUGGAGGCUUCAGUGGACAGAAAGCCAAUCUCAGAGCCAAAAAUACCUGGGUUCAAAUCUCACUUCUGAACUAUUACAGCUGUGUGAAAAUUGCUUCUGCUCUCAGUGUGCUAGGUAACUCUCUAAAACUAUAUGCUUUAGAGGAGUUAACAUUCACUGGCUAAGGGAGCCUCCUCCAAAAUCCAAAUCGUAGAUACAAUUUCACUCAAAAUAGAAUCCUCUUCCUCCUCAAGCCCAUUUAUCUUGUUCUCCAGAACAUACUGUGUUAAAGAAUAUUUUCUCUUCACAAAUUGCUUUGAAAAAAUAUCCAACAUUUAAACUAAUCUCAUCAAUUUAUGUAUGUAUAAAAUAACAUUAAAUUAAUUAACAUAGAUAUAUUAUUAUCCCAUUAACAUAUAUUUGUACAUAUUAAAAAUGCAACACUGAAAACCAAUACAUAUUUUACAUAAAAAUAAAGUAUAUAUAUUUAUAGUUAUGUGUAUAUGCUAAUGGUUUUUAGUGUGGGCCUCCUUGUGGCCUUAUAUCUUGUUGGCAAUCUUUCCUUUAGGCUGUUCCAUCUGUGCAGAGAAUAACUGGUCAUGCUAACUGAAUUCUAUAGAAAAUGGCCCCUGGUUUUUCCACUUCAUUUAAUAAACAAUCAAUCAUUUAAUAUUUGUUAAGUAUGUCCUCUGUGCCAGAUACAUGCUAAGCGUUGGAGAUAGAAAAGAAAAGGCAAAUGUAACAAGAAAUGAAGCACAUUCCAUUUAAAUAACCCAGACCACAAGGCCAAUGACAUCACAGAAGCAGAUUUAGUAUUCCUGUUAAUACCAUUCCUUUACUUGGAUUGUUCCUCUUUUAAACAGUCUAUUGAGUUUAUGGUUAGAUGCAGCUGAGGAAGAACAAACUGCUAUUAAGAUAAAUACUUAUCUAGUCUAUGUGUUGAAUCAAAAACAUUUAUAUUUUCUGAGUAUUUUCAUUAUUUUUAUGAAAAAAUAUAUACUUUCAAUAAUCCAGCCCUCAUUUCUUUUGCCACAUUUGGAUUGAAUUUUAAAUAAUUUCUCACUUUUCAUAUUCAAAUUUCUAAAGAGGAGAUUGUGGGGUUGGUUAUUGAAUGAAUUGACACUAAAUAGAUCAUGUCUUAGCAGUUGUGCAAGUGUCCAGGUGAGAAACUGGAGAACUGUUUCCUGACCAAGGUUUUUUGCUUUGAAAAAAUUGUACACAAACUAACGUAGCUAGUUUGUGCCACCUUCUGGUAAGACGUUAGAAAUGCAAUCUUAUUGUUAUAGGAAAUAUAAACUUCAGGCCAGUGAGUCUCAGACUUUUAGUUUCUUCAUCUCCCAGAUGAUUUUUAAAGUAAACUUGUUAACCCUUAACCCUCAUGCUAUAUUUUUGACAUCCUUUUCAUAUUUCUUUCUUUAUUUGGAAAUUCAUUUUCUUAAAACAAUUAAGAAACAAAUAAACCAAAAAUACUGUUCCUGUCCUUUUUUUUGCAACAAUUUUAAGUAUUUUUUUUUAAUGUUCAUGAUGUGCCAGAGUAAUUAUAUGGCAAGAUAACCUCAUACAUUGAUUAAGAAUCAAAUUUGGACUGUUCAUGUGCUUUUAUAAAGUUGUAUUUGCUAAUAUAUGGAUAUGUAUAAUAAUCUUAAUAUAUGGCCAGGAGUUUUGAAUGUAUCUUGCCUUUGAUUUAUGAUAAAGUUGAUUCUGGAUGUAA